UCCCGCCCGGCCCCGCCCGCGUGUGUGUGUGAGGGAGAGCUAUAGCGCUGGGUCGGCCCGAUGGGGGUAAUCGAGGGUUUCGGGGACGCGGAGUGGCGCUUUCCUCUUCCCAGUGAGUGAGGGAGGGCAUUCGGCGGCUCUCGUGCUCGGCCACUUUCCCUGGACGAUUCCCGGAGCUCCCUGUAGGAGGUGAAAGUCCCGGCGGGUCCGGAUGGCGUAGUUGCGCCGCGGCGCAGCAGCUGCUGGAGCUCACCGCCGCCGAGAGCUGGGCGGGGAAACUUUCCUCCGCGUUCCACCGACUUGCGGCGGGUGGAUCUCUGCGUGACACGCCGCCUCCGAGGACUUCGAUCACUUGACACAUUACAAAUUUGUUGUCUUUCUCCCCCAUGAGAAGGCAAUUUGAAAAUUGGAAAGAAGGAUUUUUUAAGGCCACUUCUGAUUUGCAAAGUCUGUCUACAAUCUGAAGAAGUCUCGGCUGAGGGUGACUAAAUGGGGCACGCUUCUGGAGAAAUCAAAAUGGCUUCUUACUAUGUGAUUGCCAUGUUUGCCUUGCUGAGUUCCUGUGUAGCCACUGCCGAUCCAGAGCCCGGGACCCAGUGUGAAGUGUCGCCUGUCAACGCCUCCCAUCCUGUCCAGGCGUUAAUGGAGAGCUUCACUGUCUUGUCGGGGUGUGCCAGCAGAGGCACGACGGGGCUGCCACAGGAGGUGCAUGUCCUGAACCUCCGCGCUGCUGACCCAGGGCCUGACCAGCCUCAGAGAGAGGUCACUCUGCACCUAAAUCCCAUCUCCUCGGUCCACAUUCACCACAAGCCUAUCGUGUUUGUGCUCAACUCCCCACAGCCCCUGGUCUGGCAUCUGAAGACAGAGAGGCUGGCAGUUGGGGUCUCCAGACUUUUCUUGGUGUCUCAGGGUUCCAUGGUCCAGUUUUCAUCAGGAAACUUCUCCUUGUCAGCAAAAACAGAAGAAAAGAGAUUCCCUUAUAGAAACGACCGUCUGCUAAGUUGGGCUCGAAAGGAGUACGGAGCAGUCACUUCAUUCACUGAACUCAAGAUAGCAAGAAACAUUUACGUUAAAGUGGGGGAAGAUCAAGUGUUCCCUCCCACGUGCAACAUAGGGAAGAAUUUUCUCUCGCUCAAUUACCUUGCUGAGUACCUUCAGCCCAAAGCAGCGGAGGGUUGUGUGAUAUCCAGCCAGCCCCAGGAUAAGGAAGUACACAUCAUUGAGUUAAUUACCCCCAGCUCUAACCCCUACAGUGCUUUCCAGGUGGAUAUAAUAAUUGACAUAAGACCUUCUCGAAAGGAUCUUGAGGUGGUCAAAAAUCUCAUCCUGAUCUUGAAGUGCAAAAAGUCUGUCAACUGGGUGAUCAAAUCUUUUGAUGUUAAGGGAAACCUGAGAGUUGUUGCUCCUAACAGUAUUGGCUUUGGGAAAGAGAGUGAAAGAUCCAUGAUAACAACCAAAUCAGUAAGAGAUGACAUUCCUUCAACCCAAGAGAAUCUGUUCAAGUGGGCUUCGGACAAUGGCUAUAGUCCAGUAACAUCAUAUACAGUGGCUCCUGUGGCUAAUAGAUUCCAUCUUCGGCUUGAAAACAGUGAGGAAAUGAGAGAUGAGGAAGUCCAUACCAUCCCUCCUGAGCUACGGAUCCUGCUGGACCCUGGCAGUCUGCCUGCCCUGGAGAACCCACCCAUCCGGGGAGGGGGAGGCCGAAAUGGAGGUUUCCCCUUUCCUAUCCCCGAUAUCUCCAGGAGAGGCCAGAUGGAAAGGGGAGAUGAUGGGAUCCCCCAGCCAAGGGACCCUAUCGUCCCCAGCUUGCGGCUGUUUCCUGGUCCCGAAGAGCCCAAGGAGGUGCAAGAGAAUGUGGAUAUUUCCCUGUCAGUCAAAUGUGACAGUGAAAAGAUGGUCGUAUCUGUAGAAAAAGAUUCUUUUCAGGCCAACAACUACUCGGGGAUGGAGCUCACUCUGUUGGAUCCUACCUGCAAGGCCAAGAUGAAUGGCACCCACUUCAUUUUGGAGUCUCCCCUGAGUGGCUGUGGUACUUGGCACCGGCGGUCAGCCCCGGAUGGAGUGAUUUAUUAUAACUCUAUUGUGAUGCAGGUUCCAUCGCCUGGGGAUAGUAGCGGCUGGCUAGAUGGUUAUGAAGAUCUGGAGUCAGGUGAUCAUGGAUUUCCGGGGGAUAUGGAUGAAGGAGACACUUCCUUCUUCAGCCGGCCUGAAAUUGUGGUGUUUAACUGCAGCCUGCGGCGAGUGAGGAAUCACAGCGGCUUCCAGGACCCACUCCACAGGAAUGUCACUUUCAACAUGGAGCUCUAUAACACUGACCUCUUUCUCGUGCCCUCUCAGGGGGUCUUCUCUGUGGCAGAGAAUGGACACAUUUAUGUUGAGGUGUCUGUUACUAAGGCUGACCAAGAGUUGGGCUUUGCCAUCCAAACGUGCUUUAUCUCUCCAUAUUCAAACCCGGAUAGGAUGUCUGAUUACACUAUCAUUGAAAACAUUUGUCCUAAAGAUGAAUCUGUGAAAUUCUACAAUCCAAAGAGGGUGCACUUUCCUAUUCCCCAAGCUGAGAUGGAUAAGAAGCGAUUCAGCUUUGUGUUUAAGUCCAUUUUCAACACCUCACUGCUCUUUCUACAGUGUGAGCUCACGCUGUGUACCAAGAAGGAAAAGGACCCCCAGAAGUUACCUAAGUGUGUGCCUCCAGAUGAAGCCUGCACCUCGCUGGACGCCUCAAUGAUCUGGGCCAUGAUGCAGACUAAGAAGACCUUUACCAAGCCCCUUGCUGUGAUCCACCAGCAAGAAGAAGUUAAAGAAACCAGUCUAAGCAUUAAGGAACCGAAUCCAGUUCCUCCACAGAUCUUCCAUGGUCUGGACACCCUCACCGUGAUGGGCAUCGCAUUUGCAGCAUUUGUGAUCGGAGCACUCCUGACAGGGGCCUUGUGGUACAUCUAUUCUCACACAGGGCAGACGGCAGGAAGGCAGCAAGUGCCCACCUCCCCGCCGGCCUCGGAGAACAGCAGCGCGGCGCACAGCAUCGGCAGCACGCAGAGCACGCCCUGCUCCAGCAGCAGCGCAGCCUAGCUCCCCGCCUCCGCCCGGAGGGGACCGGCGGCCUCCCGCCCGCCCCGCGUGUCCACGCCGGAAGGCAGCAGCGCGGUGCCAUUGCGGAGAGAGAGUGAAUUCCAACACGCAGGCCACCUGUUGUAUUCCUCCCCCGCCCAGGGCUAAUACACGUGUGCCCCCUGGGCUUCUGUAACACACUAGAACUCCUGUGAGAAAGCCAAGGUGGUGGCCUUCUCCACCAGCCCCGCCCGGGCUUGGGGGUUUUCAAUGUGAAACACGUGCCAGUUUUCAAAAUGCUGCUUUGUCCAGGUAAGACUGUCCAUAAUUUGGGGCCCCGAGAUUUACCCUGACUCGAGGAGUUGGUGAGAGGAUGAUAACCAGAGAGUAGGACCAGUGAGGAGAUAUGGCCAAAGAGCCUUGUAUAACUGAACCAAGAUGUAUAACACAAGAAAUACUUCAAGAUUUUCUCAGUGUGUUCCUCCGUGUCUAAUUUGCACCUUCUGGACGCACACUUCUCACUUUGCUGUCACACCCUCUGGGGGCUGAUGUUGUCCGCUUGAUGGGUGCCGCCCUCAGGGACUGCACCCUGACACACAUCGCAACGACAUUCCUUUCUAGGGUAGGGCCCUGGGCCAAAACCAGUGCUGAUAACCUUACCUGCUCCCCCCUGUCCCACACUCGCACACCGACUGCAAAAAUGUCUUAAUGCAAAGUUUGUAUUGCUUCAUAAGCAUAUAGAAAUAGAAAAUGGCCAAAAUCUGGGACUGCAUGUUUGUCCCCAUUUAUGACAUUGCGUUCUGAGAAAAAUUAUAAAUUGGGGCAAAUUUAGUUUUAAAGUUGGAGAGGAAUUUGCACAGUAAUAUAUAUGCAAGUACAGGUAUAGACCAUGUCAUCUGGCACAUUUGUUUUCUCCGUUGGAAAAGAGAAAAUUCAUUCCCCUUUUUAAAAGACCCUGUGUCUUCAGAGUUGCAACUUAAGUGUAUUUGGGAGAAUUAGUGUUUCCACUCAAAACGUGUCAACCUUGUUAAUAGACCCUUUUGUGAAAAACGAAGCUCUUGUUCGUGCAAAUGCACGGCAGAUCCUGUUGGUUUCUGGUUGAUUAUCUGAACAGUGUCACCGAUUCUGCCAAGAAAGUGCUGAGAUCUGGAAAAGGGCACUCGUGUGGACUGCUUUAGUUCUCUUGCCUUAAAUAUAUUCCAACCUCAGAAAAGGAUUUGAGAUGGAUUUCAUUAAAAUGGAAUAAUAUCAUGCCACUUUGCAGCUAAAAUAAGCUCAACUGAUAGUCUGUGUUAAAAAAGAAGGCCGAGGAAAGUUGCCAUGCCAAUUCAUUUACUACUGAGAAUAGCUUCGUUGCAAAGAAAUAUUCAUCUUCUUCCAGAAUUCUCCCCCAAAUGACUCCAAAUCCUACAGAAAGAACAGGCUA